AUGGCGCAGGGCAGCCUCAAGAAGACGGCCACGCCCAACCCGGGCAAGACCAAGCCGUCGCGCCACGCCAAGCGCGGCGCCAUCACCAAGCCAAAGACUGUGCGCACGGCCGCCGACAAGCUGCAGAAGAAGUACACGGGCGGCAUGGUCGGCAAGACGGAGAAGAUGCUGGCCGCGCGCGUCGGCCACCUCGAGCUCAUCGACAAGGUGUGGAAGAAGGACAAGAAGGAGGCCGUCAAGGUCAAGGGCGGCACGCGCAAGUUUGGCUAA